AACAAAAAAUUUAAUGAAAUAAUAAAGGAUCAUACAUUUCAAGAGAUUAUGAAAUUGUGCUAUAUAUUUCAAAGCAACAAUUAAUGCAAACUCCAAAUUUGAUGUCAAUAAAUGUACAAAUAGCAGUGCAAUCCUCAUAUAUCACAAAUAUUCAAUCAACGGACAGGAAGGUGGCUGUUCUUGUUACAUUGAGAGCCACUGAUGCCUUUCGUACCUGACGCUGUUACUACCGAACCACGAGAGAUAAGCAGCAGCCAGCGACACAUCUAUGCUGAGAAGAGAAGCAGCAGUGGCAGCAGGCUGCGAGCAUUUCUUGGACGUGAGUCACCGGGCGCUCGUUCGACCUCCUCUCCAACAGAUUGCCGGCAACCUGCGGCGGAGGAGCAACGGCGGCGCGCCGAGAAAAGGAGCGCCGCUGCGGGGGCAGAAGGAAGACAAGGAAGAGGAGGCGGCGGUAGUGGUAAAGCAGGCGGAGAAGGAGAAGGCCAAGGAAAUACCUAGACGAUGGUGAGCUCCCGAACUCCGGGCCUCAGGAGUGAGAGUCUGCAGGAGAGGAGUAGCUUCGCUAGCAUCAACAACGGGGAUCCGUCGUCCCUUGACGCCGCACUUGAACGACAACGGCCAAGCUCAUCGACUUGGAGCCAAAGCGAGCCGACUUCACUGUCAUCGUCAUCGGUGGCGGGGACACAAGAUUGCGGCCCUUAUUCGGCCAGUCCCGUGCGCUUAAGCAACAACGCAGGCACUAACAGUACGGAACCCGGCAAUGAACACGUGGACGUUAUCGCACCCAUCAGUAACCUCGCGGCCGACGACGAGGAGCGCUACGAGGCCUUCGGUAUCAUCGACGACACGGACUCGCCUCAGGGCAGUGGAUCGCCGACUACUUCGCCAAUCGCCGGUGCCAACCUUAACAGAAAUCCUCGCAGCCCUAAUUCCAUGCUUCUGGGAAGGCACACGUGGCUCCGGGCUUCGCUUGGCCGUUCACCGGCUAGUACCAACAGGAAGCGGUUAAGUUCCAGUGCCUUGGCUAGUCAGCUCUACAGAAGCAGCAGUUUUAAUAGUUCUGGACGAGGAUCCAUCUGCGAUACAGCCGACGACGUCUAUAGUGACGUUUCUUUGGAAGACGAUGUUAUUGACCUCAAUCAUCGGGUUCAGAUGAUCCAGGAACAAAUGCAUGUGCUCGUGGAUACGCACUCUGCAGGCGAGGAGAAGUAUGCUAGGGUCAAGCAGGAGAAUGCAACACUACAUGUAAGGAUAUUAAUGCUCGAGGAAGCGGCUAAGGAUGUAGAGGCCAGAGCAGAAGAGAGAUUGCAGAUUGAGCAACGGAGACACCGAGAUUGGGCAAGUCGACUUGAACGCGAGAAGGAGUUACAACUGGAGAAUUGGGCGAUAAAGUUACAAUCCGCAGAACUUGAGAACACGCGAAUACGAGAUGAGACAUCGCGUCUACGUGAACAGCUGGAGAAGCAACGCACGGAGAAGGCGCGACUGGAGUCGAUCCUUGAGGAGGUGCGACUUGAGGUCACAGACGCGAGGGAAUCGGAAAGGCAUAUGUCCCUCAAUCUUAAUGAGGUAAUGCGAGCACUCAAGAGAGCCGAAAACGAGCUCACCCAGAGACUCGAUGCUGAACGUAGGAUGGAGGAUAUGACGCAGGAGAUGGUGAACCUAAGGACACGAAACAAAAAUUUAGAAGAAUCUCGUGAUGAGUUACAAGCAGCUGCUGUUGCUCUACAAGCUGGCCGUGAACUUCUUAUGCCAAGUGGACAAGACCCAAACGACAAUACAAUUAAUAGAAAAAAUAGUCCAAGUCUUGCAACUGAAUUACUCUUAACCAGGUCAACACAUGAUCAGGCUGAUGGUAUUCAAACUGAGAAAUCUAGCACUACUGAAAUUUGUGAUAAUUUUACUACUCUUGCAGAGGCAAAACAAGCUUUGAAAGAACAACGUGAAGUGAACACCCGUCUUCGAUCAUAUAUUGACGGCAUUCUUUUAAACAUAGUUGAAAAUUAUCCCCAACUAUUAGAAGUGAAGCAGCCACAGUAAUGCAAGAAUAAUAUUCCACUCAAUACUGAUUAAUAUACAUUUAUGAGUGCCGUGUGAUGAGACAGUAAAUGAAUACAACCACAAGCGUUGCAAUUUGAAUGUAUAGCUAUCAAGAUAAUUAGAAGAAUUGCUUGCAUAAGUGCUUACGGCAAAAAUUAAAACAAAUAUUUUGUAUAUACAAAUGCAUUUGCAAGAUGAAUCGAAGAAAAAAAAGAAUUUUUAAGCCUACUUCAUCUUUAUCCUAUGCUUCGGCUAGUAAAAUCUGUGAUGGGAGAGAAUAGAGCUUCGUAUUAAUGUAUAUACGAUUAUUAAUAUUAUUGUUUUACUUUAAGCAACUAUUAAAGAUCUAUUUUUCAUGAC